UUCGCCGUCUGCUGGAGCCAUGGCGUCGCCGUUCUUGACGGUCGAAGACAUCAAAAUGUGCUUUUCUAUCUUUUGCUGCGUCUGCGGCGUCGGGUCCCUCGGCCUUGCCGGCAACUAUGCGAGCGCUGGCUACGCGUGGGCGACAGCCGCCUUUGUCUUUAUGGCCGUCGCCAACACGUACGCCACGUGGUGCAUCUCCAAGGUGCUUCUUGUCGCGCCGCGCAGCGUGUUUACCUUUGGCGACUUGGGCGAGUGGUGCCUCGGCGUGCCCGGCCGAUAUGUCACCAUCAUCUCGCAGUGCCUCUUCUGCACGCUGCUGCCGAUCGUGUUUCUGGUCCUCGGCGGGUCGCUGCUCGUGAUUCUCUUCCCAAACUCGUUUUCGCACACGACGUGGAUCGUCUUGAUGGCCAUUACGCUGCUGCCGAUUUGCCUCGUGCCGACGAUGAAGGAGGGCGCGGGCAUGGCGGCGGCCGGCUGCUUGGGCACGGUCUUCGCCGACUCGAUCGCUCUCUACCUCCUCAUCGUCAACAUGCACGACGUCAACUCGAGUGGCGUCUCGCCGCCGUCGCCGGCCGUCGACUUUAAGAGCGUCACGACAGUCUUUGGGAAUCUCGCACUCGCCUACGGCGCGUGCAUCAUCAUUCCAACGCUGCAGCACGAACACUCGCAACCCGAGCGCAUGCCGCGGCUCAUUUUGGUGGCCCAGACGCUGAUCUCGGUGUUUUUUUUCCUCGUCUCGGUGCUCGGUGUCUUCUCGACGGGCUGCCAAACCCCCGGCAACCUCCUCUUUGCGAUUGCGAGCCCCAACCUCGGCUUCACGGCGGACCGCGGCCUCGUGAUCCUCAGCUUUAUCUUUAUGCAGCUGCACGUCACGAUCGCGUUCUCGGUCAUUUUCUUCCCCGUCUUCCAGAUCCUCGAGCGCCUCUUCUUGGGCCUGCACGGAGACGCGCCGCGGACGUCGACGGCGCACAACCUCAUCAUGGAGACACCCGUUCUCGACGGGCUCCAAGGCACCGGGUUUGGCGACGACAAGGUCCACCGCGAAGUCAUCGAUGCGUACGCGGCGCCCGGCGCGUACCUCAAAGCCGCCAUCUUGCGCACCAUCAUGGUCUGCGUCUGCGUCAUCAUCGCGGUGGCGUGGAAGGACCACCUGGGCGCGCUCAUGGAUUUCGUCGGCGCGUCGACGUCGUCGCUCAUCAACAUGAUCCUCCCGAUCCUCUUUUACCUCAAGACGUUUUGGCCCACCGUCUCGGUCGGCGAAAAGGUCUUUGCGGUGCUUUGCAUUGCGAUCUCGUGCUUUCUCGCCGUGUACGUCUCGAUCCAAACCGGCCAAGAGCUGUUCGCGCCUGAGGCUGCCAACCCCGCGAUCCUUUUCCCGAAGUGCCCCGCCGAAUACCAGCGAGUUGUCUUUACCAACACGAGCUACUACGCCCGCCCGUUGUAGAUGUAGAGAAUAUCCUGGCUCUACAUAUGACUGUUUUGUUC